AAGCGCUGCGCGAGGGCCGGCAUGGCGGCACGGCGGGUAGGGGUGAGCUCCUGGCAUCGAGUGCUGUCGCUGAGCGGGCGGUGCGGACGGUGCUCUUCUACUAAUACAGCUCUUGGGAAGACUGUUGAAAACUCAGAAGAUGCUCGAGAAGAAAUUGUGCUCCCACGAAGGAAAACUUGGGAUAAACUAGCAGUUCUUCAAACAUUGGCUUCUACUGUAAAAAGGGAUCCUACUGCUGCUCAUUAUAUGUUCCAGGAUGACCCUUAUCUUAUGCCAAGAAAUUCAGCUACUGCUCGUCUAUUUUCAUUGGCGAAGGAGUCUGGGAGAAAUGCUGCCAAAUAUAUUAUUAAGGAAUUUCCUCACUUUUUUGACAAGAUUCUUGCUGAACCUAAUAUACCAAGUUUGAUGCCUGAGAUAUGUACACCUCAGAUUGAAGGUGUGAGUGAGGAAGCUCUGAAAGAGCGCAUCAACCUCCGAAUGGUGAAAGUUUCAGUGGACCUGUUUGAUCAGCUCCUGCAAGCAGGUACUCCCGUAUCUCUGGAGACCACAAACAGCCUUUUAGAUUUGUUAUGCUUUUAUGGAGAUGGAGAAUCUACUCAGGAAAAGGAAUCCAAAGAAAAAGAGGAUUUGGAAGAAUCAGAGGUGAAUGCUUCAGAGCAGGAGACUCCAAAGAGACCUCCCCAAAGAGGAAUGAACCCAUCUGCCUCUAGAUGGAGGGAAAACAACAAUGCUGAAAGGAUAUUUAAGAUAAUGCCAGAGAGGAAUGCACACUCCUAUUGCACAAUGAUCCGUGGGAUGGUGAAGCAUGGGGCUUCUGCUAAAGCUUAUGACAUGUACACAGAAUUGCUGAAUGACAGGCACAAGGCUGAUGUGCACACCUUCAAUGCACUGAUUGCAGCAGUCCCAUUUCUGAAGGACAGGUUCCUGGAAAGAUGGGAAUUAAUCAAGAUGUUCUUGAAUCACAUGGCUCAGCAGGAAGUGCAGCCAAAUGUGCGAACCUUUAACGCUGUACUGAAGGCUCUGAGAAGAUGUGGUGGGGUAGGCAGAAGUAUGGCUGUGCCAGUGAUAAAGGAGAUGGAAGCACUUGAAAUCGAGCCUAGCCUUGCAACGUAUGAUCAUCUUCUCUCUAUAUUUUAUAGAACUGCUGAUCUCGCUCCAUCAGGCAUCAUCUCUGAGGUGCUAGAUGAUGUUGAAAAGAGGAGCUUCACUCCCCAGGACCCUGAUGACGCCAGAUUUUUUAUCAGUGCCAUGCAGGUGUGCUGUGAUCUUAAGGAUAUCAAGCUUGCCUAUCGUUUAAAUAAGGCAAUGGAGAAGGGAGACAAUUGGAAGUUCUUGGACAUGGAUCGAUUAAAUUCGUACUGGUCAAGAUUCUUUUCGUUGUUGUGUAUGAUGGAACAAAUUGAUGUUGUCUUGAAAUGGUACAAAGAGAUGAGCCCUUCGCUCUUCUAUCCAAGUCCUAAAAAUAUCUUGGACCUCCUCCAAGCCCUGGAUGCAGCCAACCACUUGGAAGUGAUCCCUUCGGUCUGGGAAGAUAUGAAACAGCUAGGGUUUAGUAAGAGACGAGAUCUUUUGGAAGAACUUUUGUCCUUGAUGAGCAGGGAUCAGCACCCUGAAGAGAUUCAAUUGGCAUUUGCCAAGUGUGCAGAAGAUAUCAAAACAGUCCAUGAGCAAUCCGGGAAGGAUCAGGCACCAGUGGAAUGGACAGGCAGUGCGCUGGGCAGUGUCACUGUGGUGUUUUCCAGGGCUGGUAGAAUCCAGGAUGCUUGGAGCAUGAUGGAGCAUUUCCAGCAAAUCAAUAGGAUUCCCACUGACCUGGUGAUGGAUGAGUUCUUGAACUGUGCUAAACAAACCAAUUCUCCAGAUGAGGCAAUUAAGCUGGUAAAGCUGGCAGCGUCCCUUGGUCUUCCUUCAUCGCAGAAGCUACAAAGCAGGAUAGAGAAGGAAUUUGAACUCUCUGAAGACCAGAAGAAGGCACUGGAGAGCAUCCAGUCAGACAGUGACAGCAGCGACGACAGUGACAGUGACCAUGACUAGCUGUCCUCCCUGCCUUCCUUUGGGAAAAGCUGAAGUGCUCUGGUGAGACACAUGCUGCUUUCUGGAGGCUGCUCAGCAGCACAGCUUGUUGGAAGCUUGAGCAGCACUUCUCUGGGACCUCCUGGGACUUAAAUCAGUGCUGAAUUUAAUUCCUUCCAUUUUGACUUCACUUAAAUAUGAAGUUUACUCUGUAUGUAAAUGCUGUAAGUAACAUGGUAUUCAUUGUCUGUGGUGUUAAUUCUCAUCCGUUUGGUGUUGGGACAGGCUUCGGACUGUAGAGGAAAAGCUGCCACUUGUUUCAGCCUCUGUACAGCUGGAUGCUGCAUCUAAUAAAUGGCUGAAUUCUGGUAAUCUCUGUCCAAAAAGUGCUGGUUACGAAGUGCUGCUGGUCUGGGAGAGACCACGAGGCAGCCUGUUCUCAGCUUGCAGAGGAAUCUUGGUAGGCUUUUUGAGAUAAUUUAUUGUGAACUUGCAAAGGUUCUUUUCCUGAUUGUGCUGAAGCAUAUCCCAGUGGUGGACGAGUUAACAGCCAAUUCCCUUCAUAAAAAAUAAAACCUUGGUGGGUGUAAUGCUACAGGAAAAGUCCUAACUGCUGUGAAGGCAGCUUAGGGAUCAGUCAGUAGUAAGACUGGGAGACAGCAGCUGCUAAAGGUUGAACUACAGCUUGAAGUCUGAAAGUGUUGUUUGCAGAACAGUAAAAGAUUUGUAAAGCUGAGUGAAGCUGUUUGAAGGCAGUGUUUGCUCUAGGAAAUGAACAUUCACUGGUUAGGGACAUUGAAGACAGAGCUCCUGUUUGGUGCUUUUUCUACCACCAAUUUAACAGAACAGCAAGUAGCCAAAGCUACAGCCAUUCACUUCAGCUACUGGGUGCUGAGUUUCAUCACUGCCUUCACUGCUGGUGAGAAUUAAGGUAGUGGUGAGAGCCAGGGAAGGAAGGAGCUUGUUCUCUGCAUGUUAGUGUGGCUGAACCAAAGUCUGGCUUGUAGCUUGGUGCACCUGCUUUGAAACUGCAAAACAGGUCUAAAAAAACCACGCAGGGUCUGUGUCCACCAUAAUGCAUGCUUUACAUACAUUUGUCUACUUAAACCUGUACUCAUAAAUCAGUGAAUUCUCACUGAGAACAGGAUUAGUUCAGAGAUGAAGCCUUGUCUUCCUCAGGUCACAGAGGAAAGCAAUCUGCAUGGCAUCUGUCUUUGCUAUUAAAGAGGAAACUGAAAAGCAGGGAGAGUGGUUGAAGUCUUGUUUUAUUCAGCUGACAAUGUGGCAAAUCAUUAAUGGUAGGUUACAGACAUUUUGUUUGGAUCACAAGCCUGCUUGAUAAGAUGGGGAAACAAAAUAGUUACACAAAUUGUGGAGAAGCUUCCUGAAGUUGGUGGACAUGAUAAC